GCGGGGAGCCCCGCCUGCUCCGCCCCCUUCGGCGCCGCCAGCAGGGUUCGUUGAGUGCCGCGGCGGUUGGUCGCUCUCGGAGACGUCCCAGGCCGAGCAGAGGCGCCGGCACGAGCCGGUGGCGCAGCCAGACGAGCAUGUCGGAAGGCGAGCCCAAGCCCAUGGGCGCUGGCAGCGGCUCGGACCCCAAGUCUGAGCUGUCCUCGUCGGGUGCGGGGCUGGCGUCAGUGUCUCCGCCGGUAACGUCCGCGGCCCCAGCCACGGCUCCGGCCCCAGCUGCGCAGCCGCCAGAGGAAGAAGAGGAGGAGGAGAGCGAGGACGAGUCUGAGAUCCUGGAGGAGUCCCCCUGUGGGCGCUGGCAGAAGAGGCGCGAGGAGGUGAACCAGCGCAAUGUCCCGGGGAUUGAUAGUGCCUACCUGGCGAUGGACACAGAGGAAGGGGUGGAAGUAGUCUGGAAUGAGGUGCAGUUUUCUGAGCGCAAGAACUUCAAGCUUCAGGAGGAGAAGGUUAAAGCAGUGUUUGACAACCUGAUUCAGCUGGAGCACUUGAAUAUCGUGAAGUUCCACAAGUACUGGGCCGACGUGAAGGAGAACAAAGCCAGGGUGAUCUUCAUCACAGAGUACAUGUCAUCGGGCAGCUUGAAACAGUUCCUGAAGAAGACAAAAAAAAACCACAAGACGAUGAAUGAAAAGGCCUGGAAACGCUGGUGCACCCAAAUCCUCUCUGCGCUCAGCUACCUCCAUUCCUGUGACCCCCCCAUCAUCCAUGGCAACCUGACCUGUGACACCAUCUUCAUCCAGCACAACGGACUGAUCAAAAUCGGAUCAGUGGCGCCAGACACAAUCAACAACCACGUGAAGACGUGUCGCGAGGAGCAGAAGAACCUUCACUUCUUUGCCCCGGAGUAUGGAGAAGUCGCCAAUGUCACCACCGCAGUGGAUAUCUACUCCUUCGGGAUGUGCGCACUGGAGAUGGCGGUGCUGGAAAUCCAGGGCAAUGGUGAGUCAUCUUACGUGCCCCAGGAGGCCAUCAACAGUGCCAUCCAGCUGCUGGAGGAUGGCCUGCAGAGGGAGUUCAUUCAGAAGUGCCUGGAGCAGGACCCGGGGAAGCGGCCCACUGCCCGGGAGCUCCUGUUCCACCAGGCCUUGUUUGAGGUGCCGUCGCUGAAGCUGCUGGCCUCCCACUGCAUCGUGGGGCACCAGCACAUGAUUCCAGAGAACGCCCUCGAGGAAAUGACCAAGAACCUGGACAUGAGCGCAGUGCUGGCAGAGAUCUACCACCCUGACCGGGACGGCGUCAAAAUGAUCUUUUCCCAGUCUCCAGCACUGGAGUUGGACAAGUUCCUGGAGGACGUGAGGAACGGGAUCUACCCGCUCACCGCCUUUGGCAUGCCGCGGCCCCAGCAGCCCCAGCAGGAGGUAGUGAAGUCUCCCAUUGUCCCCCCGUCAGUGAAAACCCCGACCCCGGAGCCUGCCGAGGUGGAGACUCGCAAGGUGGUGCUGAUGCAGUGCAACAUCGAGUCGGUGGAGGAGGGCGUCAAGCACCAUCUGACGCUGCUGCUGAAACUGGAAGACAAGUUGAACCGGCACCUGAGCUGCGACCUGCUGCCCAACGACAACAUCCAGGAGCUGGCGGCCGAGCUGGUGCAGCUGGGAUUCAUCAGCGAGGCCGACCAGAGCCGGCUCACCUGUUUACUUGAAGAGGCGUUCAGCAAGUUCUAUUACGGCCGCAAUGGCACCCUGACGGCCGUCACCGUGUCUUCGUAGCGGGGCCCUGGGCCGGGCCCCCGCCGCCCCUUGCCCCCUGCCCCUGCCGCGCUUGGAGCUCGUCCUGCAUGCGCCGCGCUGCCCCCUGCCCCCCACACCCGCGCCUCCCUCCUCCGGCAGUCAGUAUUAUUGCAGCCCAGCCCAGCCCAGCCGGGCCGGCCUCGCGGGCAGCGGACUCGGCCGGGCCGGGCGGGCUGCCCCGGGCCGGGGGCGGUGCGGGUCAUUGCACAGCCCGGCACGGGGGGCGGCCCCGGCCCCGGCCCCGCACUUCGUUUACGUGUUGGCAGCAGCUCGGGCCCGGGCGGGGCGGGGCGGGGCGCGGGGGGGCCGGGCCGGGCCCUCCGCCCUGUGUGUCAUUUCCUAUUUUUAAUAAAACUCUUUUGUAAAUAA